AUGUUGAUCUUAAGAUUCAUUUUUUUGUCUUUGCCUUUCUGUUUAUUGAUAUGUAAGGCUGAUGAUGCUGCUACAGCACCUGAAGUCGAAAACAAGAAACCGUCAUUCAAAAAUCCAAAUAUCCCUAAAAAUGCUUACCUCGCACUGUUCUUUAACUCACCAUCAGAUAUUACUGAGAAACUCGUAGUCUCCCAGGCACGCAAAGAUGGUAUAGAUGACUCGAUUGCGAAGUAUGAUGGUGUUUGGUCUGUUGAAGUGCCAUAUACCAGUGCGAUAGAAAAUGAUCAUGCACUGGUUCUCAAAUCCAAGGCCAAACAUCAUGCUGUUUCGACAAAACUGUUCAGGCCAAUAAAGUUUGACACCAACGAGCUUGUUAUCCAGUAUGAUGUCAAGUUCCAAGAUGGGAUCGAUUGUGGUGGCGCCUACAUAAAGUUGUUGAGUGCUUCACCAAAUUUGGACCUGAAACAAUUUAACGACAAAACUCCGUAUACAAUUAUGUUCGGUCCUGACAAAUGUGGACUAGAAAACAAAUUCCACUUUAUUUUCCGGCACAAAAAUCCCAAGACUGGUGUGUAUGAGGAAAAGCACGCUAAAAAGGUUGUUCCAGAACUGGAGUCAUACUUUUCAGACAAGAAGACACAUCUUUACACAUUAGUUUUACGUUCGGAUAACUCAUUUGAGCGGUACAUCGACCAGAUUAAGGUUCAAAGUGGCAGUCUACUUGACGAUUUUGAUCCUCCAGUUAAUCCUCCCAAAGAAAUUGAUGAUCCUGACGAUAAAAAACCAAGUGAUUGGGACGAAAGAGAAAAGAUUGUCGAUACAAAUGCCAAGAAGCCGGAUGACUGGGAUGAAGAUGCUCCCGCAACUAUCGAAGAUGAAAGUGCCGUGAAACCAUCCGGGUGGCUUGAUGAUGAACCAGAGAUGAUUCCAGAUCCUUCUGCAGUACCUCCAAAAGACUGGGAUCGUGAAAUGGACGGUGAGUGGGUUGCACCACAAAUAAAUAAUCCUAAAUGCGCUAGUGCACCUGGGUGCGGUAAAUGGCAACGACCAAUUAUACCAAAUCCAAAAUACAAGGGCAAAUGGUCUGCUCCAAUGAUUCCUAAUCCAAAUUAUAAGGGUAUUUGGACACCAAGGAAAAUUCCAAACCCUCACUAUUUUGAAGAAAAGAAUCCAUUCAAGAGCUUAGCUGAAGUGAACGCGAUAGGUCUAGAAUUAUGGUCAAUGACUGACGGCAUUACUUUUGACAACUUUCUGAUUGUUGAUUCAAAGCGCGCGGCUGAUGAAUUUGCUCAAGAAACAUGGACAAUCAAAAAGGAAGCUGAAAGAUUAGCCGAUCCGAAAGCACAAAGUGUUGUGGAUGCUAUACGAGAGACCUAUAAUGAGAAACCUUGGCUCAUCUUUGUAGUUGGCCUUGUUUGUACAUUACCCAUUCUUUUAUGCUGUAUCUACAUGUGCCGGUCACCAUCCAAACAACAUGAUAUUGGUAUGCGCAAGAAGACGGAUAUGUCCACGCCAGAUGACUCUCAUGUACAUGUUGGUGAAAGAAAUGCAGAAACCGAAGAAUUAGAAGAAUCUGGCGAAGAAGAUAUUGUCCAAGUUUCUAAAGGCUCCGGUGAUGAAUCAGCCGCAAAUAAAACAGGGAGCAGCAGAGAUAACUCCGGAGAGGAAACUCCUGAUGAAUCUGGAGAAACCGAGAAAGCGGCUGCAAAACAGUCUAUUAGAAAACGACGUUCACGAAAGGAAUAA